AUGUUUUCCUACCACAUAUUCCUGAUAGGAUGGUUAGUCUUCCUUUCACAUUUGACAGGCGCUGCGUCUACAGCGGAGGUAUCCCAGUCUUUUUUCAUUGAUGUUCAAUUAAGUGAUGCUUUCACUGGAUCAACGAAUUGUACCGAUGUGAACCAUUGGUUUUUGGUGGAGGCUGACAUUUUUGUCCCUCGAGGGGCUAACGAAGAUAUCUACCUCACAGUGCCUCAGGACUUUACUAGUCUUCCCAACGAUAGUUUCCCACUCAAGUCCGGCUCCAGGACUAUCGGAUUGGUCGCCAGCGAUCACUCUAACACAUUGCGGAUUUCAUACAACAACUCAUUGCCAAGAAACACCACAGCAAGCCUCAGUUUCCUUGCCCAGCUGAGUGGGGAUGCAAAGAAAAAGAUCAAAUCACCAGGUUCAGAGAAUUAUUCUUUCGAGGUUUCAACUGGUUCGUCUUUCAACAGAACUAUAAAUUACGUCGCCAAAGAUCUUACGGCGCUAACGUCAAACGGUGGGAUCUACGCUGAAAAUAACACUGCAUGGUUUACAGCCGAUGUGCCUUUAUCGAUGCUGAAUCGUGCUACAAUUUUCAGCUCUCAAGGGACGAGUAACUCGAGUUACGCAUUUGACACAAGCCUUACCACUGUCGAGGUCGUUGUUGCCGUAAACGAAUUCAACCAGCCACAACGCAGCUUUCCAUUCACAGCGUUUAAAGAUCAAUCUGACAGCUCUCGAAUCCAGCUGAGGAUCAACACCAAAAUUGACGGAGGAAAAUACCUGCGCGUUAAUUAUUAUAGCAAGCCUCUAAAGACGGCUACUAUCGGUAACACUGUUUCCCUGAACUACCCCAAUGGAUUAUCGAAGAGGGACGGUGCUCUCACAAUUAGCUCCAACUUGUAUGCAGUAUCCCAAGCCAAUGUUCAGAAUCAGGGCACUGGGGAUGAAAGUAGUGCUUCGACACCUCCUGUUGUAAGUGUUUCUGGCACAUCCAAUGGAGCCUACGAGACUUUUUAUUUGGAAACAAAGACGGAGCCAGGUGUGUAUACGGAAAUUGGCACCUGGCUUCCAAUUUCUACUUUGAGCACAUCUCAAGCAAGUCCCGUAAGUUCUCAGAGUGCUUCUGACAGCAUCUUCCUGCAACCUUCCUCAAUGCCAUCAUCCGAGUCUUCCCCGUCCUCUUCAUUUUCCUCAUCUGGAAUCUUAUCGUCAAAGUCUUCCCUCUCUUCUUCGAUUUUCUCCUCCGAUGCGUCUCAGUCAAUCACAGCAACCUCCGUUUACUUACUGUCUACGUCAUCUGUGCAGUCCGCUGGCAGUGCUUCGACUACUGAAAGAUCUUUAGCAGCGAAGGUUACUCAAGUUUCUCAUUUCGGUGCUAAGGCAAAUCCUUCCGAUGCCCAGUUGACAUAUUCGCUGGUUACAAAAACCUUGAACGGCGAGGUUGUCACUUUUACGACCCUGUGUCCUGCGUCCACUAUUUCCAAGAUACUUCCAACUCAAGGUUAUUAUUUGAAUUCGACGAGCUCGUCUCUGUUGCUUUCUUCGACUGCUAAUUCUUCAUUCUCUCAUUUUGAGACCUCAACUUUAGGCUCUGAAUCGAUUAUAACGGCUGGCUCUCUAGAACCAUCUGUAAGUCAGUCUAAAGGUUCGAACCCAAAUACGUCGGUGAAGUCCGCCAGCUGGAAUGCUACAAAAACGAAGAUCAGUAAUGCAACAGAGUCCAUUUCAUCUUAUUUGGAACCCUAUCAAGCUUAUGCUGUAAUGACAGAAGAUAACGGAGCAAUUAUAACUUCGUACUUGAGCUUGCGCGGCAUAUCCACGUUAAGCUUCCCCGCUACCUCGAAAACAGAAACUACCGCUGUAAGCUCAGAUGCGAUCGAAUCAGUAGGCAGCAGUAGUCAUGAGCUUCAAAACAUAGAACCUGUGAAAAGCCAGUCACUUGGCUCAUUUUCCAGCUUAGGCAUCAGCGGCAUUACAUCAAGCACAGCGACAAAAGGUUACGCUGCAGGCCCUACUAUAAAUCCUGGCUUCGGCUCCAGCUCCGGUCUUUACUCCAGCUCUAGUGUCAACAGUCGCACUGCGGGCGCAACUCAAAAUCAUCCUACCAAUUCCGUCAUGAGCUCCGAUAGACCUUCUGUGACAACAAUGGAGAAUUACAUCGCUAGCCCAAGCUCAAAUUCCAGUUCCAGUUCCUUGGCCAUUCAAACACAAUUGACAUCAACUGAAGGCGCAUUUACUUCGCUAUUGUCGAUUAUGUAUGAAGGUGGAGCGAACGGCGCAUUGAGAAGGCCAACUGGAUUGGCAGGCUUCUUCAUCAGCUUCGUUCUGUUGUGGGUUUAA